UUUUUGGAACGCUGUGACGUCGGUCCGGGGAUCUGCAGGCAAGGUGCUCAGUCGCCUCGCGCCGCCGCUGCUGCUGCAUUAGCUGUCGAUCCGAAGCGCGCUUCCGAGAUGGCGUCCGCCACCGAUGCCCGCUAUGGCCAGAAGGAGUCUUCCGAUCAGAACUUCGAUUACAUGUUCAAGAUUCUCAUCAUCGGCAACAGCAGCGUGGGCAAGACCUCCUUCCUCUUCCGGUACGCUGACGACUCCUUCACCCCGGCCUUCGUCAGCACUGUCGGCAUCGACUUCAAAGUCAAGACCAUCUACCGCAAUGACAAACGCAUCAAGCUGCAGAUCUGGGACACGGCUGGGCAGGAGCGGUACCGGACCAUCACCACCGCUUACUACCGCGGCGCCAUGGGCUUCAUCCUGAUGUACGACAUUACCAACGAGGAGUCUUUCAACGCCGUCCAGGACUGGUCCACCCAGAUCAAGACCUACUCGUGGGACAAUGCGCAGGUGCUGCUGGUGGGCAAUAAGUGCGACAUGGAGGACGAGAGGGUAGUCUCCUCGGAGCGGGGACGCCAGCUGGCUGAACACCUGGGGUUCGAGUUCUUUGAGGCCAGCGCCAAGGAUAACAUCAACGUCAAGCAGACCUUCGAGCGCCUGGUGGACAUCAUCUGCGAAAAGAUGUCCGAGUCGCUGGAUGCGGCCGACCCGGCGGUGACCGGGGCCAAGCAGGGCCCCCAGCUGAGCGACCAGCAAGCGCCCCCCCACCAGGACUGUGCCUGCUAAGAGACUCCGGCCGGCGCCCCAAAACACCCCCCAUUCCUCCCCCUGGCUUCUACCCCCUUUGCGUUAUGGGGGGACGGGGACCCCGGAGCACCCCCCGUUUGUCCAGACCCCUUCCCCGGGAUGGAAGAAGGGGUGGUGGCUUUUAAUUAUUAACAUAUUUAUUUAUUUAUUUGUCUCUACAUAUUUAUACUUCCUUUCGGUGUACUUCCUGACCAUCCCUCCCUUUUUUGCCUCCAUUGGCUCUUUUGGGGGGGAGGGGUCUUUCCUGGCCCAUUUCUGGCUCAUUGGAAGACUCAUUGUGGGGUUUGUUGUCCAAAAAUAAUGGGCUGUCUUCCUUCCCCAAUUCUGCUAAGCUAGCAUUCCUUUUACGGUCAUGAAUUCUGAGGAGGGGAGCAAAGAGGGAAGGGCUUUAUUAAACCCAAUAAAGGGACCCUCUUACGGAUUGUGAAGUUGGUAAUGCACUGUAUGGAUUGACCUGUAUUGACUUCCAUUUUUUCUCCCGAUAACACAUUGUUGUUGUUUUUUCUUCCAUCUCUGCAACCCUCUCCCUAGCACGUUUUGCUUGGCCAGAUUGAGAAUUUCUUUCAUUUGCUGUUAUUUGUAUUACCCCUCCUUUCUCCCAGCAUAAGACUGGUUUUGGUAUUUCAUUACCAACCAGUGUGACCCUGUAAUUCAGAAAUUAUUGCGUCUAGAUGUGGUCCAGGACCUUCUUCGACUUGGUGGCAAUUAUUUAUUAUUAUCCUUCUUGCUUCCCAGUAGAAGACUGGUUUCGGUACAUCAUGGCCGACUGAUGUGGCCCUAUACUUUUGUCCAAGGUGAUACGGGUUUCUUGGAUCAUGGCUUGCAAUUGCGGACAGAUUCAGGACUCUCUCUGACUUGGCGGCCAUUUAUUUAUAUUAUCCCUCUUUCCUCCCAAUAUAAGACUUGUUUUGGUAUAUGUUACCAAUGGAUACGGUCCUACUUUGUCUCAGUUGAUAAGUUUCUUGGAUCUUGGCUUGCAAUUGUGUCUGGAUGUGGGCCAGGACCCUUUCCACCUUCGCGGUCAUUUAUUUAUAUUAUCCUUUCUUCCCAAUAUAAGACUGGUUUCGGCACAUCGUUGCCAACAGAUGCAGCCCUAUAUCCUGUCUAAUUUAAUACAGGUUUCUUGGAUCUUGGCUUGCAAUUGCAGUCAGAUGCGUGACGCUCUCCAGUUAGGCAGUCAUUUAUUUAUCCUCUUUCUUCCCAAUACAAGACUGGUUUGGGUACAUCGUUGUCGACGGAUAUGGCCCUAUAUUUUUUGUCUAAGUUGAUACAAGGUCUUACGAGAUCUUAGCCUGUAAGAUACUAUGUGAUACAAGAUCCUGGCUUGCAAUUGCAGCCAGAUAUGAACCAAGACCUUCUCCGACUUGGUUGCCAUUUAUUUAUCCUCUUUCUUCCCAAUACAAGACUGGUUUGGGUACAUCGUUGUCGACGGAUAUUACCCUAUAUUUUUUGUCUAAGUUGAUGCAAGGUCUUAUGAGAUCUUAGCCUGUAAGAUACUAUGUGAUACAAGAUCUUGGCUUGCAAUUGUGGCCAGAUAUGAACCAAGACUUCUCCGACUUGGUUGCCAUUUAUUUAUCCUCUUUCCUCCCAAUAUAAGACUGAUUUCGGUACAUCGUUGUCGACGGAUAUGGCCCUAUACUUUUUGUCUAAGUUGAUGCAAGGUCUUACGAGAUCUUAGCAAGAUACUAUGUGAUACAAGAUCUUGGCUUGCAAUUGCGGCCAGAUAUGAACCAAGACCUUCUCCGACUUGGUUGCCAUUUAUUUAUCCCUCUUUCCUCCCAAUGUAAGACUGGUUUUGGUACUUUGUUACCAACGGAUGCAGCCCUAUACUUUUGUCUAAGUUGAUACGAGUUCUUACAAGAUUUUGGCUUGCAAGAUACAAUAAAAUACGAGAUCUUGGCUUGCAAUUACUGCCAGAUGUGGACCAGGACUUUCAGACUUGGCGGUCAUUUAUGUUUAUCAUCCCUCUUUCCUCCCAAUGUAAGAAACAAGUUUCUCAGAUCUUUGCAAUUGUUAAUAUGAGUUUCUUGGAUCUUGGCUUGGAAUUGUGGCUAGAUUUGGGACAGUACCCUUUCCGCCUUGGAGUUCACUUAUUACUACUCUUUCCUCCCAAUAUAAGACUGGCUUGCACACAUUUUUGGUGACAGAUCUGACCCUGUAAAUCAGAAAUUAUGGGUUUCUUGGAUCCUGCAAUUAUGACCAGAUGCGGGCCAGGACCUUCCCUGACUUGGCAACCAUUUAUUUAUAUUAUCCCUCUUUCUUCUCAAUAUAAGACUGGUUUCAGUCCAUCUUUACGAACGUAUGCGGCCCUAUAAUUUUUGUCUAAGUUACUACAAGUUCUUCUUGGCUUGCAAGAUAUGAUACGAUAUGAGAUCGUGGUUUUCAGUUGCGUCCAGAUGUGAACCAAGACCCUCUCUGACUUGGCAGACAUUUAUCUAUCCCUCUUUCCUUCCAGUAAUAGUAAUUCUUAAUAAGUAUCACACUUUUCUUCCACCAAAUGACCCAAUAUUAGUUUCGGUACAUCGUUGCCGACGGAUGAGGCCCUAUACUUUUUGUCUAAGUUGAUAUGAGUUCUGAUGAGAUCUUGGCUUGCAAGAUAU